AUGGUCGUUGGUGCUACAGGCACCGGUAAGAGUACCCUAAUCAAUGCGAUGGCCAAUUACAUCUUAGGGGUGAAGUGGGAAUAUAACUUCAGAUUCAAGCUGGUAGACGAACGAGGGGAAGCGCCUGAAUCACAGGCUUACAGUCAAACUCAAAAUAUAAGAUCGUACACAAUCAACAGCAACGAUCAUAUCAACGUUCCCUACACGUUGACAAUCAUUGACACGCCUGGGUUUGGGGACACCAGAGGUAUUGAGCACGAUAAAGCUACUGUUGAAAAGAUCAAGGAGUUUUUCACUCACCCUGAAGCCCACGGUGUGGAUCACAUUGAUGCCGUAGGUUUCGUUGUUCAGUCUUCACAAGCACGUCUCACCCGAACACAAACGUAUGUCUUUGAGUCAAUCCUUUCCGUUUUUGGCAAGAACAUUGAGCCAAACAUCUUGCUGCUAAUCACCUUUUUUGACGGGCAACCACCAAAAGUGCUCGAGGCAGUUCAAGAGGCCAAGCUACCAAUCAGUAAGACGUUUAAGUUCAACAGCUCGGCACUAUUUGCUAGUCAUGGAGAUGGGGGAAAGUCGUUUGAUGCAAUGUUCUGGGAAAUGGGGUAUACAAGUAUGAAGGAGUUUUUUGAUGCUCUUAAUGACCUACAGCCACAGAGUCUUAUCCUCACAGUGGCUGUUCUUGAGGAACGAAAAUGUCUGGAGAUUGCUCUGAAAGGGUUGCAGCCUCAGAUUCAGUUCGCUUGUGAACAAGAGCAGCAGUUAAACAACGACAUAAAAAUGCUUGAAGAGCAUGAAAAGGAAAUAGAGGCACAUAAGUCUUUCGAAUACGUGGCUAACGUUGCGAAACUUGAAAAAAUUCCAGAUCAGCAGGGCUCCACGAAUUGUUCCAAUUGCCUCUACACCUGCCAUCACCCAUGUACCUACUCUCGAUUAAAGCGUUUUUGCCAUGCAAUGUCGUGGGGCAAUUGCACUGUGUGUCCCGGCAAAUGUCCCUCGAGCGACCACGUUCACGAGAACUCCAGAUAUCAUUGGAAAAUGGUGAGAGAGAAACAGACUUAUGCUGACAUCGAAAACCGAUACAGAGACGCAAAGGGGCGAAAACAAACCCGUGAAGAAGUGAUCAAGAAAUUACGAGCUGAUCUAGCCACUGCGGAAGCUGCUGUGUCCGAGUUGAUUAAGGAGUCUCACCGUAGUGCCCAGCGCCUUGAACAGAUCGCCCUCAACCCUAAUCCCGUAGGAGUAAGAGAGUACUUAGACGUGUUGAUUGAAUCGGAGAAAGCAACGAAAAAUACAGGUUGGGAGAAAAGAGUAGGGUCUCUGGAAGCGACAAAACAAAGAGAAGGCACUAAAGCUGCAGUCAAAGAUGCAGCUGCAGCUGCAUCGGGCAGUGCCAUUAGCAGUAUGUGGAGUAAAGUAAAGAAAACAAUCGGAUAUACCUAG